AUGCCAGCCACCAGCGUUGAGGAAUGGCUGCAAUCCGGACGACCAGACGAGCCAUCUCACCGAUGCAGGAAGAUCGUUCGGGAGUGGACCACUGAGGACGGCGCAUUUGUUACGUGCUGUGCUGACGAUGGAACCCAACAGACUCAUUGUUUAGUCGCUAUGUCUUCACUCUCUCGUCGUGCCUGCUACAAGUGCGGCAAUGUCGGCCAUUAUGCUGAAGUGUGCUCCUCUGCUGAGCGCCUUUGCUACAACUGCAAACAGCCCGGACACGAAUCUAACGGAUGCCCUUUGCCAAGAACCACCGAGGCUAAGCAGUGCUACCACUGCCAGGGUCUCGGACACGUUCAAGCCGAUUGCCCAACUCUCCGUUUGAGCGGUGCUGGUACCAGUGGUCGAUGCUAUAACUGCGGACAACCCGGACAUUUGGCUCGUUCUUGCCCAAGCCCAGCUGGUCCUGGUCCCAUUCCAGGCGCAGGCCGUGGUCUUGGUGGUCCUCGUGGUGGAUUCGGAGGCGGAUUCGCUCCACGAGGAGGAUUUGCUGGUGGACCACGUCCUGCUACCUGCUACAAGUGCGGUGGACCCAACCACUUCGCUAGAGAUUGCCAGGCACAAGCCAUGAAGUGCUAUGCUUGUGGCAAGCUCGGUCACAUCUCCAGAGAUUGCACUGCCCCUAACGGUGGUCCUCUCAACACUGCUGGAAAGACUUGCUACCAAUGUGGCGAGGCUGGCCACAUCUCCCGUGACUGCCCACAAAAGGCUACCAAUGGUGACCUUGGUGGUGAUGUCGAUCUUGGUGUCGCUCCAGUCGUCGCCCCUAUUGCUCCUAUCGCAUAG